AUGUGGUAUUUUUUAGGCAUUCCGUUGCGGCAUCGCAAUACACAGUGUGUACACACUGUUUAUGAUUCAUCAGCUGUCGUUAGUUCGAGAAAGUUGAGAACGAAAACAACACGCAAAAAGAACGCAGUUUACAAAAAGUCGGUUAAAUCUUUAUUGUUUAGAGCAUUACAAAAACUUUUCGGAAUGUCGAUCAACACGGCACACGCCAAUAAUGGCGUGCUAAUACACGCAGGCGAAUACAUUUUAUUGCACAGCGAUAGCGUGACCAUGGACUUCUCGGGGCAGGAUAAUCCACUGUUCCAAGGCUCCAAGCAGGGACGCAUCUAUUUGACGUCGCAUCGUAUGAUCUUCAACAACAAGAAACCAGCCGAUACGAUGCAAUCCUUCAGCGCACCUUUUGUGGCUCUAUCGGAUGUGGAGAUCGAGCAGCCCGUCUUUGGUGCCAACUACAUCAAGGGCAAGGUGCGCGCCCAGCCGAAUGGCAACUACGUGGGCGAAGUGAAGUUCAAGCUCUACUUCAAGGCGGGCGGCGCCAUCGAGUAUGGUCAAGCAUUGCUGCGUGCUGCUAAAACAGCGCAGGGCAACUUCCAUCGCGGCGGCCUUGCUGGCGAUGAUCCACCACCCUACGCACCGGCUGGCGCAUGGCAUGAGGCGCCACCACCGGCGUAUCAGCCGCCACCCGGCUACUAUGGUUGGUUGCCGCAGCACGAUGCCUUCAGUGGCCCAGCUCCGAAUACGGUGUACAUCAGCGACAAUCCGCCGCCGUAUCCGGGCAUCACACCGCAACCGCACCAACAACCGUACCAGCAACCGUAUCAACAACCGCAGCAGCCACCACAGCAGCAGCCAACUGAACCCACUUGGUAUGGUUUUUCAGCACCACCAGAUCAGCAACCACAGCAACCACAACAGCCUGGCUAUGGAGCACAAGGCUGGAACGGUGGCUAUGCUCAGCCGCCACCAUAUGCGUCCGUUGGUGGUCCAGCUGGUGGUCCACCUUAUGGCGGUGGUGUUCCAGCUCAAGUUUAUGGAGGCGGCCCUGCUGCUCCCUAUGGAGGCUACAAUCCCAAUAUACCCAGUGGUUUCAUGCAGCCCGGCUUGCAGCCAGCAGGCUAUCCGGGACAGCAGCCGAAUGGAUAUCCAGGCGGUAUGCCACCACAGCAGCAACCAGGUGGCUAUCCACCACAGCAACAACCUGGUGGCUAUCCACCACAGCAGCAGCCAACAGCUUCUGGCUCUGCUGCCAAUGCCGCUGGCGGUGCGGCAUCUGCCAACUUUAUGGGAUUCAGCUUGCCACCUGGAAAUUCAAAGGAAGCUGAAGCUGCGGCCAGCGCCUACAAUACACCCUACAACCAAGGACCUAGUGCACCCGGAGCCAAUGAUUUACCGCCAUCAUAUAACAAUUUGCCACCCAGCUACGAUGAUGCAUCGAAGAAGCAUCAAUAAUAAAAGCUUCUGUUAACAAUAAAAUAUUAUAAAUAUAUAGUAGACCACAAAACGGCUCAUUCCACAAUCCUUAAAUUGUGCAAGGACUUGUAUAGCAUACGACUUAAUCGCCUAUAAUUGUUUAUAAAAUUUUGCUUCGUUAACUAUGCACUGCAAAAAGUA